UACGCCUCACGAUGUGGUUGUGGUGCGUUCUAGCUGCCUUAUUAGUGGUUAUUUACAUCGCUUUAGUCAAACUUUCCUUUGGAAUAUGCAAGUGCAGUAGACAUUUAGUUGGUAAAGUGACAAUUGUAACUGGCGCUAACAGUGGAGUUGGUUUUGAAACUGCAAAAGACUUCGCCGAUCGAGGAGCCAAGGUCAUCAUAGCUUGCAGAAAUGAAGAGCGAGGCAGAAAGGCCAGAGACGAUAUCAUUACCGCUACAGGUAACAAAGAUGUACAUUGCUACAAACUUGAUUUGUCAUCUUUGGCGUCCGUGAGAGAUUUUGCAGAGAAAAUAAGAAAGGAAGAAAAACGUCUGGAUAUACUUGUCAACAAUGCUGGAGAUCUUGACCUUGAAAUGAAGACAACAGAAGAUGGACUGCUACUUGGUAUGCAAGUGAACUAUUUUGGGCCUUUUCUGUUGACAAAUUUACUGCUCCCACUGCUCAAGACUUCCGCGCCGAGUCGAAUCGUCAAUGUUGCAUCAGCAGCUCACAAAUUGGGUACAGUAGAUAUUGAAAGACUAAACGACGCGCCAGAAAACUGGAUGACCAAAAUGAAAGUGUAUGGUAACGCGAAAUUAUGCUUUGUUUUGAUGACCGGUGAAUUAGCUAAACAACUUAACGGAAGCGGAGUAACCGUCAACUCCCUUUGUCCAGGAUUUGUGGAUACAAAUAUUAUGAACAAAGUGAAGAAUUCAUUUUGGAGAUCAAUUUUGAAGUUGAAAACACGUAUCGAUGCAAAAAGCUGUUGGGAAGGCGCGCAGACGCAGAUAUAUUUGUCUGUUUCGCCUGAAGUGAAUGAAGUCAGCGGUGAAUACUUCACAGAUUGUAAAAAACGGAAGUUGGAACACUUCGCGAAAGAUCCUGUUGUCGCAAAGAAACUGUGGGAGGUUACAGAAAAACUAGUUAAUUUAAAAUAAUAAUUAAUAAUAUUAAUUUGU